CUACUAACUUAGUGUGAGAAAGGAGUUCUCAGCUAGAGCAUAUACAAUACUUCACUAGAGUGUUUUAGUUUCCAAUAAAAGAACUCAAGAAACAUUACUUUAUGGAUGUUUUCUGUAGUUAUUCUGAUCAGAACCCAAUUGGGUCAAUGAAUUUGAUGUCAGUUCAUGACGAGCAAGAAUGUUCUUAUUCUUCUGUUCUUUCAGAUAGUAGCAUCACUAGUAGUGUUACUAAAGGAGUUCAACCAGGUGCAAUUUUUUCUGAUGAGGAAGUAAUAUUAGCUUCCAGGAAUCCGAAGAAGAGGGCAGGAAGAAAGAAGUUUAGGGAAACAAGGCAUCCUGUGUAUAGAGGGGUGAGGAGGAGGAAUUCGGGUAAGUGGGUUUGUGAAGUUAGAGAGCCUAAUAAGAAAUCAAGGAUUUGGUUAGGGACUUUUCCUACUGCUGAUAUGGCUGCUAGGGCACAUGAUGUUGCUGCUUUGGCGUUGAGGGGAAGGUCUGCUUGCUUGAAUUUUGCUGAUUCUGCCUGGAGGUUGCCUACUCCGGCUUCCAGCGAUGCUAAGGAUAUUCAGAAGGCUGCAGCGGAGGCAGCGGAGGCUUUCCGGCCGGAGGGGAGUCUGGGAGUUGAGUUAACGAGGGCGGGAGAUGAGGUUGAUCAGGUUGCAGGGACGGCGGCGGGGGAUGUGUUUUAUAUGGAUGAUGAUGCAGAUUUUGGAAUGCCAGGUUUGUUGGCUAAUAUUGCAGAAGGGAUGUUAUUGCCGCCACCUAAUUAUUGUGGUUAUUCCGGUGGGGAUAGUUUGGAUAACAUGGAAAAUAAUGACACUGAAAUGUCAUUAUGGAGUUUUUCUGUUUAAUAUUUUUAGUUAUUAGUAGAGUAAUUAGGAUGAUAAUUAAGGUAAUCCGGACUUAUAUUUUUGCCAGUACGGAUAAAAUUAUCAAAUAUUGUCGUACCUCUGGUUUUCUGGGCUGGAUUGUUUGGUAGAAAUCUGCAGCAGUGUGAAAAUUUAAGCGAGUAAUAGGAUUUAGGGUUACUGUUAAUAAAUAUUUGUGAAAUUAAUUACAAUCGCAUCAUCA